AUGGCAAACAUAUCCUUCCAAGGCGAUGCCUUUUCAUCCAACAAUGUUCUCCAACUCACGAAGAAUGCUAAAGACGAUAACUUCACCGGCAUUACUGGGCGAGCUACGUAUAGCCAGCCUGUUCGUCUUUGGGAUGCCAAGACAAGAAGGCUUACAGAUUUCACCACCCAUUUCACCUUCAUCAUGAAAGCAGUAGACCCCCAGUGGUACGGCGAUGGGAUAUCUUUUUUCCUGGCACCAGUAGACUCUUCCAUCCCCCAGAAUUCGAGUGGUGGCUAUCUUGCGUUGUUUAGUCCCGAUACUGCUUUCAAUGCCUCCAAAGGAAAUCAAAUUGUUGCUGUUGAGUUUGAUAGCAAUCGAAAUAGAUGGGAUCCAAGUGGUGAUCAUGUAGGCAUUGAUGUGAACUCCAUUGUGUCUGUGGCUACUGUCACUUGGAAAAGCAGCAUUAAAAAUGGAUCGAAGGCAAAUGCAUGGAUAAGUUACAACUCCACUGCCAAAAACUUGAGCGUCUUUCUAACUUACGCUGAAAACCCUGUGUUCGGUGGGAACUCUAGCCUUUAUUAUAUUAUUGAUCUCAGGGAGUUUUUGCCUGAAUGGGUCAGGAUAGGUUUCUCCGCUUCCACAGGUGAUCGGGUUGAGAUACAUAACAUUUUAGCUUGGGAAUUUGAAUCAAGCUUGGAAGUCAAUGAUAAAAAGAAAACGGGAUUAGCCUAA